GCUUUUAAAUAUUGAGAUUGGGAGAAAAACUUUAAUGAAGUAACUGCUCUCAUUUCAAAACAUUACCAUAUUGCACCAAGCCCUAGGGCCUAAAGAACAGCCCCACUCGUGGUUCAGUUGCAUGCACUCAUUUGGAAGGACCUUCCAAAUGAGUGCUUCGGGUCCUUCGUUGGUGUGGACGUAUUUUGCCUACGACUGAAGCUUCUUAAGCGGGACUUUAUUCUGCAAGACUCGGCUGUAAAAGUCUGCGCACAUAUAUAGAAAAAAAACAAGAAUCAUGUCCCGAAAACGGGACACGAUUCUUUAUUAGGACAAAAAGACGGGACAGCAGAAGCGGACCUCAAAAACGGGACGUCUGGUCACCCUUAAAUAUAUGUGAGAUUUCAAAGGAAUUCUAGUUGCACGGGACUACAAAUAGUAAUGCUGGUGAUGACUGUGCACAAUAAAUAUGGCCAAAGAACCGCCAUUAUGGUGCAGUUUUUUCUCAUUAUAUAUAUCUGUGUUUUUGGUGCAUGUAGCAACGCAAUAUUUAUUUUUUUUUUCCACAGGAUUUUUGCGUUGCUAGCAGCGGGUCGCCGGUCGGGUGUUUGGAGAUCUCGGGUGUAGAACAUUCGAAGAAGUGAUCAAAGAACGAGGUGAUGCUGCAAGUAUAGAGUUUACACCGUCCCAAUGUUUCCAGAGCCGAGCACGCGAGUGAUUGUCGCUUUGUAAAGUGAGCAAAGCGUGCACAAACUGAAGAUGGUGCUGGCUACAAGCUUUCUUGGAAUGAUCUCUACACCCGUACAAAAUGCGAGUGACAGCACUUGAUCUGGCUUUCUGCUACGACCGGAGUAGCCUCCACUAUCUCGUUUUGUCGAACGGUUUGGAAAUCGGAGCCUAAAGUUGGUAAGCUGCAGUCCUAGUUUUCUUGCCAGCACGUCUUUACAGACUCCAAAUAACCGUGGUGGGCUCUUCACGCACAUUCUUUGCAAAACUGUUGUUCCUAUGCAAAUCAUUAUUGAAAGUUUCUCCGAGAAAAGGAAGUGUGCAGCUCGGUGGGUGCCUACACUUGGGUGCAGCAAUUUCCUUUGCCGUAGGAAUCGUCCAUGGCCCAAAAAUCCUGAAAUGUGGGUUGCCUCGACCCGAUAAAUUGAAUGCAGCAAAUGCAUUUUGGUUCAUUAACCUUAUCUGCCCUUGAAAAGACAGGAAGCUGGCCGAGGAAGUGCGUGAUUGUAUCGUGAUGGAGCAACGAGGCACAAUUGCUGGCAGCCUUUGGUUUCCUCGCACAUAGCAUGGCUCUUGGCAAAGUUUGGCCGCUCCUUUUGUGGGCUGUUGCGUGUCGGGCCAAGGGGGGUGAGUGACGCCGCUCCUUGGAGCACCUUCCACAAUUCCUGGAUUGCUGAGCAUUUUUCUGUCGCGCGUUCUGUGUUGCAAAAGUUUUUGGAUGCCACGUGUGUUGCUCGUUUAAAAGCAGCGGGUGUUUUCUACGAGAAUGGUCAUUAAUAUCUUCGUUUAGUCGGGGAUACUCGUUAAAAUCCCAUUUUGUGAGCGAUGCAUCUCGCAUUAAGAAAGAAACUGCUCAUUAUCGAGAGUUAAUGGCCCGUGCCAGAUGGUCAUUUCAAAGACCGAAACAAAAAGAUGGUACGCUUUCAAAAGGCUUUUGCUACGCGGCUGUUCUUAACAAAUUCUUCUAUGAAGGUUGACAAAUAGGAAAUCGGUUUGCAGUUCUGCGAUGGAAGUGCUGUGGCCAUUUGUGCCCCGAAAGAAAGUCUGACAUCUUGCGCCGAAGCAUCAUUUUGGCUAAGGAUUGCACCACACCUGCGCCGAGAUGAGCUUAAAUAGAGCAAAAACUAAAAAUACUAUUCUCCGUUAAUAUUUAGAGAACUAGAAGGAAAUAAAAAUGGUACAAAUAUGCAUUCCCCAGUGCCUCUACCCAUCGUAUAGUUUGUUUCAUCUUAGAUCGGGGCACAGUUCAAAGCUCAAACGCCUACGAACACGCACACUAAAGGUGCGAGUCUAGGUGCAAUCGCUGCACUUGGUUGGUUUAGCGGAUGCAAGAGCACGUACAGAUAGACGACGAAUGCCACAACGUCGCACUUUUGAUGCCGUUUCAUUGGCUCGUAACAUCGCCCGAGCUUUGACUCGAGGUGAAACAAAGUGUAGAGACUGCUCGUCAACUUUUUUAGACAAUGUCGGGAGCCAGGAGUCUGGAGAAAAAUUUGCGGAACAGUGGGAUGGCCGCUACUGUACCGAGACAACCAAAGUCUUUUAUAGCCAACGAUACCACUCGAUCCUUAUGUCUGCCACACGCCUCCGCGUGGUGGCCACGGCGUGCCACCCGCGUCAACCUUCACGGCCUGGCACCAGUGCGUCGAGCGUCUCCGCUUUGCACCGCAGUGCCAGGAGCAGCGGCUCGUGUGGAGAGCACGAUUGGCUCGGGAAUUAUGCUCAACAGGUAGACCUCCUCUGGUCUCGACAGUAGGUUGACCUCUAAUUUUAAGAAGGGAAUACGUGUCUAUACUUGAGUGAACAUGUUAGCCAAGGUAGUUCACGUGCAGCGGUCAAUCAAAAGGGGAGCAAACUCGACUCUGGUUCAACUGCCGCAAAAGCUCAAUGUUGCUUUUGAAGUGACACUAUGACUCAUUUGCACCUGGUCUUCAACAAAUAGGAAUCUAGCUCGGGUAAUCUUGAUAUUGACAUUUUUGGACUCGAAUGGAAAUUUCCAGAGUGCAUCAAUGUUCUUCUUUCAUCACGACAUGGAGACCUUUGUUUUGUGCAUGGGAUCGUUUUCAGUGCACCACUAGAAAGGCCUAGGGCUCUUUGUGCGGCACUCGGAAGAAAGCCGAUAAAUAAAAAAACAACGUACAUUUUAUUCAUAUUUGUGGGUGGUUACUUUUGCAGCUUACGAAAUUAGAACCUCGAGUUCAGUGUUCAAAAACCUUGGGGGGACGCACUUUUAUGGAUACGUGUUUUAGCAAACGUGCCAAUUUUUGCCGGCAUUUUAGGCGAAUUAUAUCUGCCGACUAAAUUACUGCAGAGUGAAAGAGAGAGAGGCUGUUUCUCGACUGAAGCGUUGCGCUAUGCUUCGUUUUUCUAUAUUUUUUUAAAAAAUAAUCAUAAAUGGUACCCACUCCGACUCUAGCCUUAUUUCUAAAAAAAAGGCUACGCGUUCUUUUUGCAUCCUAUCUAUCUUGCCACAAAAGAGAAUAAGUAAUCUGCUUCAAAGAAAGACCCUUAUCGGAUGGAAACUGCUCCAUAUCACGUGAGCGAAUGACGUUUUAGCGACAUUUGAGCGAAUCGACGUUUUAGCGAAUAAAGGCUUAUUAACCCACCUCUUUUUGCCGCGCUUACGCCACUUUGCGGCGAGUCUGCGGCGGCUCAUUACAAAAGUGAACCCACUUGGCCCACCCGUGCUGAAGUGUCAUUUGGUGAAACAUGGGCGUUCGCUAAAACGUCAUUCGAUCGCGCGACUGCCUCCCAUUUUGCCCGCUACAUGAAGCAUUUUCAGCUAUGCCAGAAGGGGCACAAUUUUGAAAGGGGUCUAUCGCAGACACCCCGACGUGGUGACGCUCACUUUCAGCAAAUGUGCUUCGAGAAAGAGACUGUACAGGUCUGGCCGCUUUUGCUCUAGUUCCUUUCUCAGACGACAUGUUGCGAGAUUUUACGCGUGUAAAAGGGACACUGCCAGACGCCAAUUUUAUUUUCGUUAUAUUUAAACGGCAAAUUAUGGCACCAAAUCAUUUCACGAAAACCAGAAAGCCUAAAGUUGUGCCAUAGCGAUUCCUUUGCGGCGGCAUCAUUUCCAGCACGUUUGUACCCGUUUUUUGGUGGUGCCAACACCGUGGUGCACGCGUGAACUCGCCUUAAAAAAACCCUGAAAAGAAAAAAAAACUUUUUUUUAAACAUUUUGGUUGGGACAUUUUAGAGCAAUACUGACGGCGAGAGAUUUAUUUGAAAUUCUGCGCGCAAAGUUAAUGACGUAACGGGUCAUUCCGGAAUGACCAUCAAAUACUUGUGACCAUCUUGGGCAUUCGCUCUUUCCCCCUCAACGUGAAGGCGAAGCUGAUGCAGCUCUCUUCCACGCGUCCGAAAUGCCGAGAGAGAAAACAAGUGGAAACGAGGUGACUCCCGACUAAAUUGCAUCUCGUGCCCUCAAUAUUGCCCUAAACAUUUUCUUUUUGCGUAAAAUUAAUUUUUUGACACGCGUGUCGCAACCAGACUGUUAAAAAAAGAAAAAUCUUCUUUUGUUUCUUUUCAGGGGCCCUUUAUGCUCCAGCAUUUUGUUCGAGGUCCCCGAUUUGCCUCAAAAUUUACUGGACACACCAACAAACAUCGCUGAGCUAAUAACCCAAAUGUAAAGACAAAUAUUUCUUUUUUUUUUUAAUUAAUAAAUUUACGUUUUUGGUCCUCAUGAUGUUUGGCAAGAAUGAAAAAGUGACGCCGGCUGCAGGCAGGGGUUCGCUCUUGGGACUACAUUUUGUUCCCAACUGAUUACGAGCAGUUCCAAGGUGCCGAAUGAAUGGUUUGAGAGCUACAUCGAGCACCUGCGCAGCAGGUGCUUGAUGUAGCUCUCAGGCAUACUCCGUUUUCGAAACUGCCCGUUCGAUCUUCAAGUGCGCCUGCCAGUGACGUCGCGGCACUGAAAAGCGCGGGUACAUUUAAAUGUUGUUUUUGGCAUCCUUUUUAUUUGCCGAUUUCACUCCUCCUCUCUGCGGGGAUUAGUUCAAACUCCCAUGGGUAGAAAAGAAAACUGGGAACUGUUUUUCUGCCCGGCAGACGACAAUUACGUAGUUGGCCCCCGAGUAUUGAACAGCGGGGCACUAAAGGCCUGGUUCAACGCAGUUCCGUACAGCGUCGAGGUGCUCAACUACAGUGGCGUGGUGAGUGAGCGCGUUGCUCGCAUCUGGGACGGCGACGACCACACCUGCUUCUCCGUGCUGUCCGAACUGAACCGCACGCGGGCUUCUGUGCGCCUCUUCCUGAACCGCUCCGCUCCCGUGGCCCUCUCCCGGGUCGUGGCCAGUCCACAGCCCAAUGUCGUCUAUUACCUGCUAGAAGACAAAAACGACACGGUCCGCAAGCCCCAGUUGGACAUCUGGAAAGGAAACAUCUGGAACUACAGGGGAGAAUUUUCGGCCAGGGUUCACGCCGUGGACAUACACAGCGUCGAAGAGCUGUGCGAAGUCACCAUCUUUGCGGUUCGAGAGGACGCGGGAUGGCACAGCAGCAUGGCCAUGGAGCACAAGUCGAGCAGCACAGAAAUGUCUCCUUGGAAGCUGGUUUUAUACGCUACGCUCCCCGUGGCAGUGCUCGUUAUCGUCCUGGCACUGCUCUACUUCAGGCGGUCCGGACCCCGGGGAGCGACGUGGCCCAGCCGGAGGAGGAGGGACGCGUCGGCGGACGACCACGAAGCUGCCCGGAACGGCGACGACCGGACGGCGCUCUUCCACAACCAACUCUACGUGUCUGCGGACUGGGACCAACCGCAGCCGCGGCCGGACAACGACCGGUCCGACGCCCUCGGCGAUCCGACGGCGGACCCGUACUCCGACGUCGACUGGGUCAACCGCAUGCUCGAGACGUCGUGCGAACCCGUCGAGAUCGGCCGUAGAGGCGCCGUCGAGCCCCUCUAGACCUUCGGAGACCGCCCGCCGUUUGGGAUUUUGCGGCGGCCGAGACGAGACUGACGACGCCAAUAAAGAGCGCGGCCGUCGUACGUGCCGUAUGCUCCGGGCCCGUUCGCACGAUCGCGUCUGCUCAGGGCCAAACUGUUGCAACUUUUUACGACGAGAGAAUGCGCCGGAGACAACCACAAGGUGACCCCAAAACGGUAUUUCACUAGAACCUAGGUUUUGCGCUAUUUGCGACACCAAAUAUACGUUUUGCAACACCACUGGAAGUUUUCCGAGCCGAAAAGAAUGAAUGAUGCGGGGAAAAAAUUGAAAAUAUAAGGAAAUGCAGGGCGUUACCCGGCAACCCAAUGGACGGCACCGGGGUAUUCUCUCGUCCUAAGAGAUUUGAGAUGGCUCGAAGGGAGCGUGCGAACCAGCCUUUAAGACGAGAAUGGCAGGGAGGUCCUUCUGGCUGGGCAUCUCUCCAGCUUUUGGCGUGUGCACGUGCCAAAAGAGAGGGGAAAGGCAACGAGCGCGUGCCCGAGGCAUUCCGAGCAAGUCGGAGACCGAAGGCCUCGUAAUGCGUACGGGUCGCAGCACUCCAGCCAUGCCCCAGAGCUGGGUUCCCACCAAGCGGGAAAACCCAUUUUUUUCCUGCUUCAAGUUGUCUACCUGCACAUUUGGACUCCUGUAACUAGGGUUCUGUGUUUUCAUUGUUUUGUUUUUUUGGAAUUUGGGGAUAUUCUUUUUUUUGGGGGUGGGGAGGUUAUUUCUUCUGCACAGAUUCUGUGCGUUUUGUGUAAAUUGCUUAUAACUUGCCCAUUUACGCAAAAAAAAUGCGGUAUCUGUAGGAGAAAAAUACCCCCUCCAAAAAAAUACACUCAAAUUGGAAAAAAAAUAAAACACCAAAAACAUAAAACCCUAGAUAUAACAUUAGCCAGAUAUAUCAUCCAUUGUUUCUCCAAACAUGGGCCAAAACGUUUGUCCCACAAAAAUCAAUGAAUUGCACAAAAAGAAAAAUAUUGAUACCUUACUAGUAACAGCACGUGUGUCUUGCGUGCGCAUUUGUGUGUGUGCAAUGUAGUUAAGAAUCAGAACGGGUAUUUUUAUGUCGCAUAAAUUACCUAAGCACCAGGAAGAA